AUUCUAAGGGAGUUUAAUUUUGAAAUCUCGUUUUCAUCAACAAACUUUCACCUAUGGUUCGCCAGUAUGAGGUCAAGUUGUGGUUUGUCUCGUGGAUACAUCGUUGUGAUGCUGCUGCUGCUGGAAGGAGCAGCAGGGCUGUACUUCCCUCAGAAUGAGUAUAUUGAGACGGUGUAUGUGGGCCAGCCGGCGGGGACGCCUAUCCUCCAGGUCCAUGCCAUGCUGGACAGCCAGUCUGAGCAGCCACACUUCUACCUGUGCUGGACCAGCCUACUAAGACGUCCCGUCUACAGCUCCUGGUUCAACCUGGAUGUUAACACUGGAAUACUGUCCUUGAACAAAACCCUGGAGGAGAGCGACUUUGCCUUACUGUCUCAGAAGUCCUGGUCUCUAAAGAAGUUGCUGCUGCACGUCAUGGUGUCACGGAGCUUCACCAAGAAGUCCCAGUGCAUGAGCAGGAACUCUCCCCGGAUCAUCCUGGACUUUGUCAACACCACCAUGCCUCAGUGUGCUCAGACAGACAUGAAGGAGCUCUGCUUCCCGCACAGAGACACCUCCAACCCCCACAUUAUGGAGAACAGGUUCCCUGGGGCCCUCCGGCAACUGAGGCGCCUCACCAGACUCAACGUCUGCCCAAAUUACACCGUAUCUUACAAGGUGGAAUCAGACACCCCAGCACCUUUUUUUGUGGAUGAGAACACCUCAGAGCUGUUGGUGGCCGCCUCAUUGGACCGUGAAGAGAGCGAGCGCUACAGGCUGCUGCUGGUCUGCACCGUUCAGACAGAAACGCUCAUCACUAAGGUGGAAACAUCGCUGGACGUGUUUGUCAAUGAUGAGGACGAUAAUGCUCCGUUUGUGAAUGGAUCAGACUCCGCAGACAUAAUUAUCGGCUUUAACCGGACAAAGGGUGGCCUGUUUGGCACUCUGUUUGUCUUUGACAGGGAUUUAACCCCGAUCUACCCCAUAGACCAGAGUCACAACAAGUAUACUGGCACCCUGCUCAACUCUGACCAAUGGAUGAAGGAAACAUUUGACAUUAAAGACACCUUUAGUGAGAAAAAAGCUGCAGACGGAGGCAUCCGAGAGACGGUUCACAACUACCAGCUGGUCCUGAAGAGAAACCUGUACGUGAACGAAAACCACACCCUCCAGCUGGACUACCUGGUCAAUGACACCACCUAUCCCGGUCCAGAGGGGACUGUGCUGCUCCACUUCAAUGUGACCAUCUUACCAGUCCAAAUCCACUUUGCCAACAUCACUAACAUGUUUACUUUGGCACGCAGAGCAUCGCCUUAUGCUCAGAUUGGCGGAAUCUGUGUGGAAAACUGCCAGCAGUUUGAUGGUUUCAGUCUGACCUAUCGGCUGGAAGUCCUGGAUAAGAAUGCGUCUGCUGAUGUGCAGGCUUGCUACGCAGCUGUUAGCAUCACCCAGGCUGCAGACGAGAUGUGGGGACUGCUCUAUGUGAACGACUCAGAGGCCCUGCGGAGGCCUGAAUGCCUGGCCCUGCAGUACCUUGUUGUAGCUCAGGAGCAGCACACACAGCAGGAAGCCAGCACACAGAUCCACAUCGUACUGGAUGGUGAAGCAACCAAAGGCAGCCAGGAGGAGCAGCAGUUCCUUUCCUGUGCAGAGAACCGACGUCGUGGAGACUGCGAGUCAGUCCGAGGCCUUGGAGCAACAACAGGGAGAUGCCAAUGGAGGCAAGGCAAUGAAAAAGGCAUAUCGGAAAAUUACUCAACAUGCUCCCCUGACCUGCAGACGUGUCCAAAUGGCUUUUGUGAUGCAGUUGAAAGCAAAGAUCCAUCAAUAUGCCCACAAGACUGUACAAAGGAAACUGUCAUCGGAGGUCAUGAGCGAGGCCUGAGGAAUGGGAUCCAGGCUGGCUAUGGAACCUGUUACUGCUACUCUGACCGCUGCUUCUGUGAGAAGGAAGACAUUGAGGAAGCGAUAUGUGACGACAUGUGUAAAACCAUCAUAGCAACAGCAUUGCUCCUCUCCUUCAUCAUUUCGAUCCUCAUGUCAUCAUAUUUCAUCCGUCGGUACCACAAGAACUCCCCAAAGCCCCCGAUCGCCUCCGCUGAGAUGACCUUUCGCCGGCCAGCUCAGGCUUACCCGAUCAGUUUCCCUGCAAAUACUCUUCGCCGGGGCUCACAGGAAUCCAUCGAAACAGACACUUUUAAAAUACCGGAGGAUCCUAAGUGGGAGUUUCCUCGUAAAAAUCUUGUGCUUGGCAAGACUUUAGGUGAAGGAGAGUUUGGGAAAGUUGUCAAAGCAACAGCAUUCAGGCUGAAAGGAAAAGCUGGCUACACCACGGUGGCUGUGAAAAUGCUUAAAGAAAACGCCUCCAACAGCGAGCUGCGAGACCUGCUGUCAGAAUUUACUUUACUGAAGCAGGUCAAUCAUCCUCAUGUCAUAAAGAUGUAUGGAGCAUGCAGUCAGGAUGGCCCAUUGUAUCUGAUCGUGGAGUAUGCCAAGUAUGGGUCUCUCCGCAACUUCCUACGUGAAAGUCGGAAAGUUGGCCCAAGUUACAUGGGCAGGGAUGCCAACCGAAACUCCAGCUACCUAGAGAACCCGGACGACAGGGCCCUAACCAUGGGUGACCUCAUCUCCUUUGCAUGGCAGAUCUCCAGAGGCAUGCAAUACCUGGCUGAAAUGAAGCUUGUUCACAGGGACCUUGCAGCACGAAAUGUCCUCGUUGCAGAAGGACGGAAGAUGAAGAUCUCCGACUUUGGCCUUUCGAGAGAUGUUUAUGAAGAGGACUCGUACGUAAAGAGGAGCAAGGGCCGUAUUCCUGUUAAAUGGAUGGCGAUUGAGUCCUUAUUUGAUCACAUUUAUACAACACAAAGUGACGUCUGGUCCUUUGGUGUGCUGUUGUGGGAGAUAGUGACCCUGGGAGGAAACCCAUACCCCGGCAUUGCUCCUGAACGCCUCUUCAACCUGCUUAAGACUGGCUAUAGGAUGGAGAGACCAGAGAACUGCUCAGAGGAAAUGUAUAACCUAAUGCUUCGAUGCUGGAAACAAGAAGCAGACAAGAGGCCAACAUUCUCAGACAUCAGCAAAGAACUGGAAAAGAUGAUGGUGAAAAGUCGAGAUUACCUGGACCUGGCUGCAUCCACGCCAGCAGACGCCCUGCUGUACGAUGACGCGCUCUCCGAAGAGGACACACCCCUUGUGGACUGUAAUAACACCCCCCUCCCUCGAACCCUCCCCUCCACAUGGAUUGAAAACAAGCUCUAUGGCAUGUCAUACCCGAACUGGCCAGAGAAGAGCCCGGUACCACUCAACAGACAUGAUGCCACUAAUCCAGUCUUUACAAGAUAUGCCAAUGAUAGUGUUUAUGCAAACUGGAUGGCUUUGCCUUCACCUGCAAAAGCUGUGGACAAGCUUGAUAGCUAAAGACAAACCGACCCUGUUGAAAAGAUAACCAAUUGGGAAACAUGUAUAUUUCUAAAAGACUGUAUAUUUGUUAUCUGAUACUAAAGUUGGUCCCUAUAUUUCUGUUGCACGGGUAUUCAAUGGUUGAACUUGGGUCAUUUAAAUGCAGCUGAAUCAAUAUAGGCCAUGCUUCAUUCAGCUCUUCAGUAUGUCAGAUAUUACCUCACAGGUCAUGUUGGCCACGUAGUUCCACUGCAUGACUGUUGUACCAGAUUGUAUGCCAGUGUAAAUGUCUUUAAAGUGCCUGUGCUGCUUCUACAAUAGUCUCAGAUUAUUAAUGUCAGAGUAAAGAUUUCAUUCCAGCCCAGGAGUCAAAAGGGAAGUCUUUACCAUCUCCUAUUGUAGACAGCAGGGAUGGAGUGAACAGGAGCAAAAUGCUGAACAUGUUCUGAAAAUGUGAAGUUUCUACUCUUUAAGAUUGUGCCCCUGAAAAUGUCAAUGACCCUUUUGUGUUUCCCCCACUCGAGGAUUCAUAACUAUUCUUGCCAAAGAAAAGUAAAACAGAAAUGCUCAGUGCACAGGCAAAAUGUUCCUUGUUUUUCUACUGUAUAUGAAAAAUAUCAACGUGUGAGAGCUAGUCCAGCGUACGGACAUGAGACUUCAUGUAGAUUGUGUCUAUGUCUUGUUUCAGACUACAGGUCAGUUUUUGAUUCACUGUAAUGGCAAUCUUU